AGGCGGGCGGGCCCUGGCACCGGACCGCAGGCUCCGAGAGGCGGCGGGAGGCGCCAGGAGUGAACGGAAGCCGCGGGAAGGAGCGUGCGGGUGCUUUGUUCCCUCGCCGUAAGGGCCUGCUGCCGGGCGUGUGUUCGUGGACGGAGCUGUUGUAUCGGAAAUCCCGGUCCCCAGCCCUCAGUACUCGGUUCGGGCCGGACCAGACUGGUUCUCGUCCAGGGCCCGCCAUGGCCCAGCAGAGAGCCCUUCCCCAGAGCAAGGAGACGCUGCUGCAGUCAUACAACAAGCGGCUCAAAGACGACAUCAAGUCCAUCAUGGACAACUUCACCGAGAUCAUCAAGACCGCCAAGAUUGAGGAUGAGACGCAGGUGUCUCGGGCUACUCAGGGCGAACAGGACAAUUAUGAGAUGCACGUUCGAGCAGCCAACAUCGUUCGAGCUGGUGAGUCACUGAUGAAGCUGGUAUCCGAUCUCAAGCAGUUUCUGAUCCUCAACGACUUCCCGUCUGUGAAUGAAGCCAUCGACCAGCGUAACCAGCAGCUUCGAGCCCUGCAGGAGGAGUGUGACCGCAAGCUCAUCACCCUGCGGGACGAGGUCUCCAUUGACCUAUAUGAGCUGGAGGAGGAGUACUACUCGUCCAGGUACAAAUAGGGCUGGACUGCCAUGCAGGUGCUGCCUGCUGCCUGCCCAGACCAGCUAGGGCCUGCAAUGGCCUUGUGUUUUUCCAAGUUCUCCUUGGCAGCAGAGCCCCUGACUAGCUCGUUUGACGGACAGACAGUCAUAGCCAGCCACCAGCAGGGGCCCAGGCCUUCCCUUCAAUGAAGAGGGAUGAAAACACAGGACUUGGUUGUGUGUCAACGGCUGUGGCCAGAAAAGGGUAUCCCCCAGGGGGCGAGGAAGCCCUCCAGGGCAACACAGUCUCUGUCUUACUGCUUUAAAUCUCUUGUCUGUCUAGACAGUUUAGUCAAGGCUGGAUUGGCCCCUUGUGGCCUUCCAGGUCUCUAACGACGUUCACUUUCUGGGACAGCCCUGCCUACUGCUUGCUCAGAGAUUCAGUUCCAUGUGAAUGUCAUCAGACUCACAGUGGAGAGGUGGGAUGGGGGAGGGGUAAGGAACUCAAGCAGGGUGGCUUUGACUCCUGGGCCCAAGAUACCUGGAUGUCAGCUCGGCCUUAUUCAUGGAGCUGGAGUCUCCUGGUGUCAGACCUAUGUUAGUCUCAGAGGAUAGCAGCAGGCAGGAUCUGUCACAUAGCUCUCUACAGGGCCACUUAGAAUGUUGAUACCUGAAACUUUCUGAUCCAGAGAGGCCUUGAGAAAUCAAGAGUCCAGUGUAAAAUAUGUCGUCGGAACCGGGCUGGAGAAUGGAGGCCUUGCCCCACCCCAUUAGCUUGAAGUUAAGGUUCCGGUCAGCAGCACCCUGCCUGACUCCCCCUGGUGGUAGGUUUGCUCCUGCUGCUGCUGCACAGAAGCUGCAGUCAACUACAGAUGUCCAGUGCUGCAGUGGACAUCUUGUUCCCAUCUUAGACUCAGUGUCACUGCCAAGCUUCAGUAGUUCUAAAGUUCUCCAGAGAGUUCUGGGGUUAUCUUUGGUCUCAGUGUUCAUCAGCUUAGCAGAAAAGUGGGAGUAUCUACUGUACCCCAAAGUGGCAGAGACUUAGACCAACCCAGGGUGAGUUCCUCACAUCUUCCUGUCACUACCUUGUAGUACUUCAAGGACACUUGAGCGGAUGAGUACUGGGACAGUGACUCAGUCCUGUACAAGGGUUGAGGGGAUAAAUUGCUCAGAUAGGAACCCAGAGUGCUGGGUUUCCAAAGCCUCGGCCCCUCUGCAUCACGUGCAUACGUUUCUGGGAUGAUCUGUGUCCUCUUUGGGCAAUCACCUCUCUCAUAUUCCUCAUGGUAAAGCAGCUGCCCCAUGCCUAGGAAUUUCCUUAAAUGGCAGAGUUCUUCGGUAGGUGAGGCAGUAGGUUUUGUCUGCCCCUAUCAGCCUCCUGCCCACACCACCACCAGUUGCCCAGCUUCCCCUCUGCAUGGCUACUCUUGCCUGUAUACGAACUGCUUGCUCUUUCUGGCUUUGCCUUCCCUCCAUUCUCCUGGGGAUGCUACUCCCUUUGUCUUGGGUAGUUCUGCGAGAGACUGCUGGGGACAGGCAUGGGAGAAAGCUAGGGCCUUGUGCAUAUUAGACAGCUGUAGAAACAGAUGUGGUCCAAGUAGCCACUGCUAUGACCACUGAGGCAUUGUGCUUGCCUCCUCCUGUCUCUGGCUUUCCCUGUGUAAUGUAAGGAAAUGGAAUGUGUAAAGCCUGGGGCUUAGAGCUGUAGAGCUAGAGUAGUGGUAUAUAGAGAAAUGCUCAGACCUGUAUUGCUGACUGUUACCCAGUUAGGCCAGGACCCUGUAGGGAUGGAAACAGGUCUGCCACCAGGAGCUCUUUGUAAAGUCUCAUCACUACCCUACUGGUAAGGGAUGGGUAACAGGUAGAGGCUGAUAGGAACAAGGAGAGUCCUAUGUGUCAAGAAGGACCCAUGGGGACAGUUUGCCUAAGUCACAUGGCCUGUUGACACCACCUUUCUUUGGAUGCAAGAGUGGCCAGAACCGCUUAGCAGAGGGGCCAGCACAGAGGAGAAGAAGGGGAGGCAGUCAGGUGAUGUUCAUUUCUUAACUCUGCAUCUGUCUUGCUUUCCCCUCCCUGGCUUUCCUCUGCCUGCUCCUGUCACUCCUGGGGGUUUCUUGUGGUGGCAAAGCUCAAGUCUCUGCGAAGCUAAUGACCUGCCUCUGUGUGAAGCUUACUGGAGGCUGGACCUCGACGCAGAUUCUGCUGAUGGCCUCUCAGCCCCUCUUCUGGCGUCCCCGGAGACUGGUGCUGGUCCCUUACAGUCUGCAGCCCCUGUCCACUCCCAUGGUGGUGGCCCUGGCCCUACAGAACACACCUGAGCCUCUUGGGGUACCAUCGCAGGGUAGCCCUCCCUAGGGCCUAGUUUAUCAGAAAGGAAGUGCUGUGGAUACCCAGCACAGCCUAGCUUUUUUCAGUUUUAGCUCCCUUGGGGACUUUGGGAUCAGGAGCCACUGUAGCCUCAGGAACCUGUCCAGGCCAGGGCCAGUUCCCCGUGAUGGUUGGGGAAUGCUGUCCAGUUAUUUACAGCAGGUGGCUCCCUUCCUGACUGCCAGUGGAAGUUUGUCCCAUUGAAGACCUUGAAUAGGGAGGGUGGUUGGUGAUAGGAAGACAGCCUCAGUUUGUUUAGAAUUGUGAGGUAUUCAGUGGACCUUAGUCAAGUCCAGUUACCCAUCCUUAGGUUCAGGUUCUAUAGAGAGCCCUGUCCACUGCCUGCUGCCUGGAGCAUAAAUGUCUCUGCCACAGCUGACUGUCCAAGAUUGUGUGAGAGGCAGCUAGCCAGGGUGUCUUCCUGGAUUCUCCCACCAUUUCCUUCUGCUACUUUUGAGAUGAGACUGUUGAAUAAAACAUUAGCUUUU